AUGUCCCACGUCCCCGUCGGCGGCGAGGACUUCCCCGUGGACGAAGCCGCGGUGAUGCGAGGUGACGACCAUCGCAUCGCCCCCGCGGUCGAGAACGCCUCCUUGAUGGGCUUCGACGCGACCGCCGCGACCGCGGCGGCGAAGGCGAUGAUCAUAGCGUACCCUGGCAGGGACGACGUCUCGGAGCUCGUCAUCGACCAGCUCCUCGCGGGGUGCGGCGGCGGCGAGCGAUUAUUCAAGCUCCCGAAGGAAGCGCCGAGGGCAUACUUAGACGGCGCGGUGUCGGCGCCGCCGAGGAGGACGCCGGCGCCGGAGGAGGACGCCGUCGCCGGCGGCGGCGGCGGCGGCGCGGGGCUGGUCGAAGACGCCAUCGAUCUCACCGGCGCGUCCCCCCCGGAGGACGGCGCGACGGGCGGAUGGAAACGGCAUAAGACGACCGCGGAGAAGGCGGACGUCAUCACGAUCGACGGCGACGACGUCGGCGCGGGGGUAGACCUAGGCGGCGGCGCGGGCGGCGCGAGCGGCGUCGGCGGGAACUCUCUGAUGGCGCAGCUCGCGAGAGAGCGCAUGCUUCGCGCGUCCGAGCGCGGGGACGCCCCACCGCCGAUCUCAGCGUUCCACGCCACCCCUCGAUCGACCGCGAACGACCACCUCCGCCGCGCGCCGCCGAAGGCGCCGGAGAACAAGCACAACCUCACGGGCGCGGCGGCGAGGGUCGCGUCGCUCGCCGAGGAAUCCGUCGCCGGCGGUACGAGUACGGGCAAACAGUCUAAAUCCGGCGGCGGCGAGCUCGGCAUCCUCGACGCGCUCCUCUCCGGGGUCGCGCCGCUGAGAGACCCCCUGAAAGAGAUCCGACUGCUGACGUACAACGUCUGGUUCGCCGAGCACGUCGCGCUCGUGGACCGCAUGCAAGGCCUCUCCGACGUCGUCUCCGCGCUCGACCCGCACGUGCUGUGCCUCCAAGAGGUGACUCCGAACAUUCUGAUGCUCCUGCACGCGCAGCCGUGGUUCGAGGAGUACAAGGGCACGCCGCCGCCGCCGCAGCAGUACUUCACCUUGGUGCUGUUCAAGCGGAGCCUGGAUAACGUGGACAAGUCCACGAAGAUCGUGCGGAGGGAGUUCAUCACGUCCAAGAUGGGCCGAUACGCGGACGGCGUCGCGGGGAUGUACGUCGGCGGCGAUAAAGAGAUCACCGUCUUCUCCUCGCACCUCGAGUCGUUCAUCAGUAAGCAGCAGACGUCAUCGGACGAGAGAGUGCGGCAGAUGAAGGACGCGCUCAGGGCGCUGGAUGGGCUGACGACGCGCCGGGGCGAAGAGCGGCGGAACCGCGCGUGCGCCAACGCGGUGUUCAUGGGAGACACCAACUGGGACGAAGCCACGGACGGGCCGGUGCCUCUGCCGGAGGGGUGGGCGGACGCGUGGGAGACGCACGGGGACGGCGGACCGGGCUUCACGUACGACCUGAAGAAGAACGCGAUGAUGAGCGGGUACCUACAGAAACGCUUGGACCGCGUGCUGUACAAGCUCGCCGACUUUAGGGUGGCGAAAAUCGAGAUGGUCGGGACGACGCCGGUGACGCGGAAAGACGGCUCCGUCGUCACGCACGUGAACGAGUUUCGAGGGAGAAGAGAGACGAAGCCGGUGCUGCCGAGCGACCACUUCGGUCUGUUCGUCGCGCUGGAACCGAUAGAAGACGCGUAG